AUAUCACCAAAUUUAGUCGAAAAAUUCGAAAAUUAUCUAUUUGAUUAUCCAAAAAGGAUCACCAAUAUUUUUACUUUUCCCAAUAAUAAUACAGUUAGUUAAAACUCUCCCCACACUCGCAUAGAAGCCCAACUAGUAACAGAUAAAGAAGCUCCGCAAAAAAAUGGCUUCGUUCUAUUCUUAUUCAAUCCUCACAAAACUUCCCAUUUCUUAUGGAGCUCGCACAGCCACUGUACGCAGAAGAAUCCAAGGUUCAUUUUUGGUGACUGCCAUGGCGACCCCACAAAAGGGCGACGAUUCGACCAAGCUGGUCACUUUCUUAGGCAAGGGCGGCUCAGGGAAGACAACCUCCGCUGUUUUUGCUGCUCACCAUUAUGCAAUGGCUGGGCUUAGCACAUGCUUGGUGAUACAUACACAAGACCCUACUGCUGAAUUCCUUUUGAACUGUAAGAUUGGAACUACUCCGAUUGCUUGCAACAGCAACCUUUCGGCUCUUAGGUUCGAAACCACCAAAAUGCUUCUUGAACCUCUUAAUCGCCUAAAGCAAGCAGAUGCCCGCCUUAACAUGACCCAAGGAGUUCUUGAAAAGAUAGUAGGAGAAGAGCUUGGAGUGCUUCCCGGAAUGGAUCCUAUUUUUUCUGCAUAUGCACUCGAGAGGCUUGUGCGAUUUUUUAGGAAGGUUGCUGAGAAAAAUCAUGGUAAAGAUAAAUUUGACAUAAUAAUAUAUGAUGGUAUGAGCUCCGAGGAAAUGCUAAGGAUGAUUAGUUCAGCUGGUAAAGCAAGAUUGUACUUGAAAUCCCUGCGUAAUGUGGCUGAAAAGACUGAUCUUGGGAGGUUAGCUGGUCCUUCAAUUCUGCGACUUGUAGAUGAAGCCAUGGAUAUUAGUGACAGACCUUCCCUUCUCAACGGGCAAAUAAGUGCAGAGAUUUGGGACGCUUUGGAACGAAUGUUGGAGAGAGGAUCUUCGGCAUUCUCAGAACCCCAAAAGUUUGGCUGCUUCCUAGUGAUGGACCCAGACAAUAAAAUCUCCAUAAAUUCUGCGCUGCGCUAUUGGGGUUGCGCAAUGCAAGCCGGUGCACAUGUUUCUGGUGCAUUGAGCAUGGCUUCUCCACAUUCAAAUGUGGAAUCAAUGGAAAGAGUUAAGGAAACAUUUUCUCCAUUACCUUUUGGCUUUAUUCCCCAUCUCUCAAUUGGUUCCGCUCUGGACUGGAAUUCAAUUAUGCUGAACACCGUCAGUGAAGGCGCGAGAAAUCUUCUUUCAAUGCCUGCAAGCAGCAGUAGCGGCAAGUUGUCACCUGUAGAGUUUGAUGCUGCUAAAAAGACAGUAACUCUUCUCAUGCCAGGUUUUGACAAGUCAGAGAUCAAGCUUUACCAAUACAGUGGAGGAUCUGAAUUGCUGGUGGAAGCAGGAGAUCAACGGCGUGUGAUUCGAUUGCCUUCAAAAAUUCAAGGGAAGGUUGCGGGUGCCAAGUUCAUAGACAGAAGUCUUGUAAUCACCAUGCGAUAGUUCACUUGAAUUUUGAUCUUAAAUUCCCAAUAUGAUCGUUUCAUAAAGAUUUCGGCAUCUAUUUAAAAUUCAAUAUUGAAUGCUCUGA